UUUGCUUAUCUCAGCUGUAAGAAACAAGCUCUCUCUUUCUCUCUCUCUCUAAACAUUUAGAAAGAAAAAAAAAAAAGAAAAUCCUCUCACGCAAACAAGGGAAGAAAAGGAAAACCAAAUUUUCGCAAAGAAAAACAAAAAUCAUGUCUUCCCCAAGCAAACGCAGAGAGAUGGACCUGAUGAAACUGAUGAUGAGUGAUUACAAGGUGGAGAUGAUCAACGAUGGCAUGCAAGAAUUCUAUGUAGAUUUCCAUGGACCCAGUGACAGUAAAUCCUUAUGUCCUUAUCAUGGAGGUGUAUGGAGGAUAAGAGUUGAACUCCCAGAUGCUUAUCCCUAUAAAUCUCCUUCAAUAGGAUUUGUCAAUAAGAUCUACCACCCAAAUGUUGAUGAGAUGUCAGGUUCUGUUUGUUUGGAUGUUAUCAAUCAGACUUGGAGUCCCAUGUUUGAUCUGGUAAAUGUGUUUGAAGUCUUCCUGCCGCAACUUCUUCUCUAUCCCAACCCAUCAGACCCUCUGAAUGGAGAAGCUGCGGCUCUGAUGAUGCGCGAUCGAGCUGCUUAUGAACAAAGAGUUAAAGAAUACCGUGAGAAGUACGCCAAACCAGAAGACAUAGGAGCCACGGCAAAGGACAAAUCAAGUGAUGAGGAACUGAGCGAAGAUGAAUCAGAUUCUGGCGAUGAGCAAGUCGUAGGCCAAGCAGAUCCCUAGAGAUGUUCCUGCGAUCAGUCCUCUGUAAACUCUCUAUCUGUACAUGAUGUUUUAGCUGUCUCAAAAUUCAUCCCCAACUCCAACAAAGACUGUAUAUUGGAUGGGGAAAGAAUUUCCCCAGCCUUCAUUUCCCUUCCAUUCUUGUAAAUAAUGUAUUGUUGGUUUCAUGUUGCUAUCUUUGGUAUGCUUAAUCAAUUGGACUCCAGCAGAUAAAUCCUGCUUUUCUGUAGGAAUAUUUUACGCGAACUUUUAGAUAAACAAGCCUCCAUUUUGGCACGUCAUG